GGGGCGUCUGGAGAACAGCCGACGGGAGGGGCAGCUGACGGAACACAGCCCGAGACAGCAGUGUGCGGGCUGCUGGCCGCGGGGUAACGGCCGAAGGGCCCGGGGAGAGAGGCAGCCCAGCCCCUCUCACCCCAGCCCCCCGACGUAUCCCUUGCUCGCGUGUUAUGGCCCCCAGCAGGGCUGGGCCUGGGGGUGAAGAGAUACGCCCCCAACACCCCGGUCCCACCCGAGCCCCGCUUCCGGUGCCACAACCUGUGAGCCACCUGUGAGGGCAACUCAGAACCAAGGAGAGCAUGUACCACUCACUGACGUAUGCCACCAUCCUGGAGAUGCAGGCCAUGAUGACCUUUGACCCCCAGGACAUCCUACUUGCCGGCAACAUGUUGAAGGAGGCCCAGUCACUCUGUCAGAGGCACCGGAGGAAGUCCUCUGUAACAGAUUCCUUCAACAACCUGUUGCACCGCCCCACUAUGGACCAAUUCACGGAAGUGGAAAUCCACGCUGAGGUCUGCUACGCAGAGUGCCUGCUGCAGAGAGCAGCCCUGACCUUCCUGCAGGACGAGAACAUGGUGAGCUUCAUCAAGGGUGGCAUCAAAGUUCGAAACAGCUACCAGACCUACAAGGAGCUAGACAGCCUCGUGCAGUCCUCACAGUACUGCAAGGGAGAGAACCACAGGCACUUUGAAGGAGGAGUGAAGCUCGGUGUGGGAGCCUUCAACCUGACGCUGUCCAUGCUUCCUACCAGGAUCCUGCGGCUGCUAGAGUUCGUGGGGUUUUCAGGAAACAAGGACUACGGGCUGCGGCAGCUGGAGGAGGGGGCAUCGGGGCACAGCUUCCGCGCCGUGCUCUGUGUCAUGCUGCUGCUGUGCUACCACACCUUCCUCACCUUUGUGCUCGGCACUGGGAACGUCAACAUCGCGGAGGCAGAGAAGCUCUUGAGACCCUACCUGAAGCGAUACCCUAAGGGCGCCAUCUUCCUGUUCUUUGCGGGGCGGAUUGAAGCCAUUAAAGGCAAUGUUGACGCGGCCAUCCGGCGGUUCGAGGAGUGCUGCGAGGCCCAGCAGCACUGGAAGCAGUUCCACCACAUGUGCUACUGGGAGCUGAUGUGGUGCUUCACCUACAAAGGCCAGUGGAAGAUGGCCUACUUCUACGCAGACCUGCUCAGCAAGGAGAACUCCUGGUCCAAGGCCACCUACAUCUACAUGAAGGCUGCCUACCUCAGCAUGUUUGGGAAGGAGGACUACAAGCCGUUCGGGGAUGACGAAGUGGAGCUGUUCAGAGCUGUGCCGGGCCUGAAACUCAAGAUUGCUGGGAAAUCUCUACCCACAGAGAAGUUUGCCAUCCGGAAGUCCAGACGCUACCUCUCCUCCAAACCCAUCUCAUUGCCCAUCCCUGCUCUGGAAAUGAUGUACAUUUGGAAUGGCUACGCUGUGAUUGGGAAGCAGCCGGAACUCACAGACGGGAUACUUGAGAUUAUCACCAAGACUGAAGAGUUGCUGGAAAAGGGCCCAGAGAAUGAGUACUCAGUGGAUGAUGAGUGCUUGGUGAAGCUGCUGAAAGGCCUGUGUCUGAAAUAUCUGGGCCGUGUCCAGGAGGCCGAGGAGAACUUCAGGAGCAUCUCUGCCAAUGAAAAGAGGAUUAAAUAUGACCACUACUUGAUCCCAAAUGCCCUGCUGGAGCUGGCCCUGCUGUUUAUGGAGCAAGGCAGAAAUGAAGAGGCUGUCAAACUCUUGGAAACUGCCAAGCAAAAUUAUAAGAAUUAUUCCAUGGAAUCAAGGACACAUUUUCGAAUCCAGGCAGCCACACUCCAAGCCAAGUCUUCCCUAGAGAAUGGCAACAGAUCCAUGGUUUCAUCAAUGCCCUUGUAGUUUUGUGCAGCAUUCCCAGGCUGGAAGACAGAGUCAGCUGGACAGAGCUCCUGGAAACAUUUCAAAAAGAUCCCCUCCCCCUGCCCUGCCGUUGGGGUCCACCAGUGCUCCAGUGCGAUGACACGACAUAGGUAUCUGUGCAGAAGCGAAGCUGGCAUUUUCACCAGUGUGGCCAAGGGCCUUUGCCAAGGACAGAGUUGCUGGAGCCCUCUGCCUGCCCUAUCACAUAUACGGGUACUUGUUUUUCACUGUGAUGUUUAAGAGAAUGUAUAAACAGUUUACAUUUU